AUGUCAUCAACUCAGCCAGAGCAUCACCCUGCUCAAACACAAACUCAACAACAGCAGCAGCAACAACAACAACAACAACAGCCAAAAAGAACAAUCAAAGCGUGUGAUUUUUGUAAAGCCAAAAAGAUCAAAUGUGAUGGCGAAUCACCUUGUGCAAGAUGUAAAAAGGCUUCAAAUACGUGUGUUUAUACACAUAUUGAAAGAUCAAGACCAGGUAUACGCAAACGCCAGAGUAAAAAAGCUGCUAUUAAAUCGUUAGAUUCAAGGAUUGAUAAAUUAGAAGGUUUAUUGAAUGUUUUAGUGAAUAAAAUUGGAGACCCAUCUGGUACAUCUUCACAAACAAGAAAGCAAAGUGUCACUGGAAGUAUCACAGAGGAUCAACAAGACUCUGAAGAUGAUCAGUCAAGAAGUACAAUAUCCCCAGGACCAUUAGAGUCUCCGUCACAAACUUCGCAAGAAGGUAUUAGUCCAGAAGCUCAACAUGCUAUGAAUAAGACAAAACAAAUGUUAGCAGAUGAUGAAACUGCAAAAGUCUCUUGUGGUGAAUAUAUUGGAUCACAAUGUACCAUGUCUAUAUUUAGUGCACAAGGUCUAUCCUGGAUAUGUGGUAAAGCUAAGAAUGCUAUAUGUGUCAAGCCAAUCAUAAAAGCUCUUAGUCAAAUGAAUCUAGUUAUGGGUAAACAAAGGGAUACUUUAUCUUCGCCUGUCAAUUUUGAGAAAGAUGUUGUACCACUACCCCCAAAAAAUGAUGCAUAUGAGUCUUUAGAAAUUUAUGAUAAACUAUUUCCCUUUACGUCAUAUCUUGUUGAAAAAGAAGAAUUGAAAAAUAUACUUGAUCGUUAUUAUUCUCAUUUAGAAGAUAUACACUUCACGAAAGACUUGCUGCCGUCAGAAUAUUUGAUGCUUUAUAUGAUGUUGAUAUAUGGAUGUUGUGUUAGGGCUCAAGAAGCCUCACUUUUAGGUAAAGAUUCGGAGGUUGCACGUCUACAAAGAAAUGAAGCUCGUUAUUUUAAUAGCGCAACUCAUUAUUAUCAAAAAGUGUCAGCUUUUGGUGAGAGUAUAACUGCUUUAAAGGCUAUAUUAAUGCUUGCCUUAUAUGGAGAUUUAACUAUAGUUCCAGAAAUAGAUUACUAUGUAACAUCUACCGCUAUUAGAUUGGCUCAAUCACUAGGCCUUCAUAGAAUUGAAACUAUGAAUUCACUCCCUCCAAAAGAAAGAAGUGAAAGAAAACGGCUUUGGUUUAUGUGUUAUAUCAUUGAUAGAAGAUUGUGCUUGCAUUCGGGUAAACCACCCAUCAUAAAUGAUAAUGAUAUUUCUUCGAUUGAUGUGAAUAUCACACCAAAUUUCCAUGAAAUUAAAUUAGCUACUGCAAGAGCAUUACAUAUAACUCUUGAUCAAUUAGAUUUGGAUCAUAAUAUGAACCAUUGUGAUACUUUUUAUUUGAAAUCAAAAGAACUCGAUGUGGAAGAGUAUCCGAAUGUUGUGGAAUGUACUUGGUUAAGAGUGGCAAGAGUAACUUCAAAGGCUUACAACAGAUUAUUUAGUGCUACAGCAUUGAUGAAUAAAACGCGUUCGGAUAUGAUGAAGAUCAUUGAAGUAUUGAAUGAUGAAUUAGAAGAAAUUAAGAUGUCCAUACCUGUUUCUAUUAGACCAGGAUAUCCAAUUAAUUUACCAAAAAAUUCAAAAGAUUAUCAAAUUGAUUAUUCUAAAGUUGUACACAUGCAAAUGUCGUUUAAUUCAGUCUCAAUGGUCAUCAAUAGGGUUGCACUGAGUAAACAUUGGGGUGAUUAUCAACCAGAAAGUGAAAUAUCGAUCAUGCCAGGUUUACUCAAAGAGCAAUUGCCAAUUGAAUUAAGGUUUUCCAAAAUGUGUAUUCAAGCAUGCACUGAUAUUAUUGAUCUGUCGAAUACAUUUCGUCAAAAGGAUUUUAAUCUUUGUUUGAGUCAACUCUUCACAUAUUUUUCUGCUGUUGUUACAGUAUUAACAUUUAGUAUGGAAAAUCCAAAUCAACCACAAACCAGGAAUAUAAUUGAAAAAAUUAUUCAUAAUCUACUAUAUGAAUUUCAUGAUUGUUAUCCUAGAAAUAGAAUUGAUUUAAUCAACUAUAUCAAAGUAACGGGUAUGUGCUUUGCUGUUGGUAUUUUCGUUAAAAUUGCAUUAAAAAUUUAUAAUGAGUCAAAUCCGCAUAAUAACAUUACCACCAAUACAGAUUUAUUAACUGAAAGAUUAAUUGAGAUUGAUUCAGUGUUAACUAAAACCAUUGAAGAGUAUAAAAGACAGUUAGUCAAGUAUGAAGAUGAUAGAUUAUCAGUCACAUUAUCAGACGUUUCAAUUGGACAAACAUUGUCAGAAAUUAAUAUGAGAUCUUUUUCUUCUUCCUCCUCUUCAACCACAACGUCAGCGGCAGCCUCAGCAGCAGCAGAUUCAGAGACUCCAAAUUCGUCAAUUUCCUCAAUUAUUUCACCAAGUGCAAAUGUAUCUAAUCCACAUUUUAAAAUUCCAGAACCAAAAUUCCCAUCAUACUCCAAUCCACAAGGCAAUAAAAAUUUACACAACUCUUUAUUAAAUCCACCAAUGCAAUCAGAAACUAAUUUAGGAUAUAAAACACCAACAGGGUAUAAUUUACCAUCAAAUUUUGGUGAUACACCAACAAAUUCAAGUGAUAAUUCAUUAGUCCCACCAACGCUUGAUGAUAUACUAAAUACAGAUGAUUUAAAUAUAAACUGGAAUUAUUUUUCAUAUAAUUUAUUCAAUAUUCCAGCGCAGUUUAUUGAUGUUUAUGAUCAGCAACCAUCAUUAUCACAACAACAACAGCAGCAACAACAGCAGCAGCAACCAUCACAACAAGUUCAACCUACAACUGGAUCUUCUCAAUAUUUGUUAUAA